UCGGCUUGCUCAACGAUAAAAGGCAGAGUAGUUUUCAACCAGAGUACAAAAUCAGAGGUAGAGUCCGGUCCGGGCCCAAUUCUUACGUCCUCUCCUUAUAUAUAAAAAAAUUCUUCUAAAAAAAUAUAUAAAAAAAAGGUGCAGACUGCGAUCGGAAAAAGCAAGGCAGCCAUGGAGGCCCGACCCAGCAAAACCUUGGAUGAUCCCACGGCCGUCGUGCCCCGCCCUCCCUGGGUGCUGCUCGAUCGGCUCGGCCACCGCGAGGACCAGGCCGACGCCGACGCGGCCACCGUGGCGUCGUCCCGCACCUCCACCGGCACGGUCAUCAGCGUGUCGUUCCGGUUCGCCGCGCCACCGGCGACCUCCCGCCUCUACCUCCGUUGGCCGUCUGGACCGAGCAGGGAGGACUCGUCUUUCGCGUACCCCCGCGUCGUCGCCGCGCACGACGACUCCGUUCUCCUCCAGCUCACCGUUUCCUCCCGCAGCAUCGAUUACUUCCUCUACAAGGCGAGGGGCGCCCGGCCGCCGUCUCUGUCGCUGCUUCCCCGGUCCGCGCUCACCAGGAAGGGCAUCGGCAUCCUGCGCCGCCGCGGCGAGGGCGCGUUCGCCGUGGCCGAGCUCCGCACGGCUGGCGGCGACGGCACGCCGGUGGCGUUCGACCUCUGCGUGCUGCUCUCGCCGGGCCCCGGGCCGUCCGAGUCCGACAAGUGGGAGGUGAGGCGCGUGAAGGUCCUCGACGGCAGGGGCAAGGACCUGGCGCUGCAGUGCUGGGAAACCGACGCCGUCGUGCCCGUCGGCGGCCGGUUCCUGUGCUGGGUCGACUACUACCGUGGCAUCCUGGUCGGCCGCGUGUUCGCCGACGGCGGCUCCGCGCUCACGUACGUGCCGCUGCCCGUCGACACCCCAUGGGCGAAGCCCGACCACGGCCAGGAGUGCCCCGAGGCGUCCCGGAGCGUCUGCGUCACCGCCGGGGACACGGUGAAGUUCGUCAGCGUCGACCGCGGCCUGCUCUUCGUCUUCACCGUCACCAUCUGGACCCUGGGCAAGGCGCGGGACGGCAGCAUGGAGUGGGAGAAGGACGGCGAGUUCCGUGCCGCCGAGCUCUGGGCCUUCUCCGGCUACGAGCACCUCCCGCGUGUCCCGCCGGAGUACCCCGUCGUGAGCAUGGCCGACCCCGACGCGCUCUGCUUCAUGGUGAGCGAGGGACGCCACGGCCACGCUGGUGUCGAAGCCGGGGGAGACGACACGGUGUGGCUGGUCGAGGUCGACACGAGGCGCAGAGCGGUGCGGUCAGUGUCCCGCUUCUCCAAAGAAGAGACGAGGGACAUGUCAGGGCGUGCCUCCCUAAACAUGUUUCAUGGCCAUGCCUUCCUUCCCAGCGAGGUCACCACGUACGUACACGAGCAGUAGUCAAAUGUGCUCGUCCUUCUUCCAGAUCCAGGCUACUAGGCAUCAGUCUCACACUUGCAAACUCAAGUUUCAGGGACCGUCUAAGGCUUAAGCCAACUGAAACUUGCGUUUCAUUUUACCUUUUUUUGGUCGGACAACGCUCUUUAUUUAUUUAUUCAGUAACGUUUAUAAAGGGAUAGAAAGAUUACUAGGA